CUGAGAAGGGAUGCGUUUUAACGAGAGGACGGGCUUCCUGUUGAGAUGACAGAGAUCCUGGUGGUGGAGGAGGACAGAAGGAGCUCAGCAUGCAGAGAAGAGGUCCAGUUGUAAUGGCUUCACUUGACUGGCUGGUUGUUGCAGUAACUAGUUUCACGAUAUUUCAAAUUCUGUUCCAUUACUUAAGUGCAAAGAUAUCUGUUUGUUUCUGCAAUGGUUACCGAACACUGACUGACAUUCAGAAGGUUGAAUGGAACUCCAGGGUAGUGUCCACAUUCCAUGCUUUGCUGGUUGGGCUAUUGUGUCUGUACUUGCUGUGGUUUGAUGAUGCAGUCAAUGCAGAUCCAAUCUGGGGGGACCCUACACUGGUAAAAUUAAAUGUUGGUCUUGCCGCAGGCUACUUCAUUCAGGAUUUCCUCCUUAUUUUGUGGUAUUGGAAAGCAAUUGGGGACAUUUACUUUGUAAUCCACCAUUUGACAGCGCUGUAUGCCUACUAUUAUGUACUGGGUGAAGGAAUGCUGCCUUAUUUUGCUAACUUUCGUCUGAUUGCAGAGUUUUCAACUCCUUUUGUUAACCAGCGGUGGUUUUUUGAAGUAUUAGGUUAUCCAAAAACUUCCAAACCAAAUAUUAUUAAUGGGUUUCUGAUGGCACUGAUAUUCUUCCUGGUGAGAAUUGCUGUCAUGCCCCCAUACUAUAACAAAAUGAUUUCCACAUUUGGAACGGAGGCCUUUAACAAGCUUGGACUACAAGCACAACUUACUUGGAUCAUUGCUAGUAUUUGCUUAGAUGUUAUGAAUUUAAUGUGGAUGCAUAAAAUCGGAAAGGGAUGCCACAAAGUUUUGCUUGCGUGCAAGAAGGAAAAGGCGGACAUCCAAGAAAAUGGAAAACAACAGUAGAGACUCCCUUUUACUUUGUCAUCCUUAGGUUUUUCUCUGAAGGUACUUAUAGUUGGGAUCUUGUGCACAUAAGCCAACAAUGUACUGUAUUAGUUCAAAGUACUGUACAUAAAUACAGGCGACCAUUGCAUUUUGGAACUUAUAAACCCAUAACAUUUAUGACCAUGCAAAGAUGAAGUAUGCAAACUGAAUAUUCACUGAAUAACUGCUGCUUGAUAUGUUUUCUUGCGUAUGAAAGAGUAAAUGGAGGCACCUGAGUUGCAUGCAAGUUACAUCCAACCCUGGGAUAUCUCCAUAAAAGCACGACUUUAGGUUUGCACUGUUUAUUUUGGAAAACUUUGUGAUGCUCUGAAUGUUGCGAGCCAAUUGUACACCUUCAUCAGAAUUUUUUCUUGCCAUGAAGAAAGUUAUGAUUUUUAUUUUGGAAACUUGCAAACAAAAGCCUUUGAAGACACUCAUGCCAUCAACCUACAACAACGUUCCUCUUUUGGAAACUUGCUAGAUAAUGAUUUGCAUUUAUAUAGUGCCUUCUGUCUAGAAAAAAAGUAAAGAUGCUUUGCGCAUCCAUGAGAAAGACAGUCCUGCAGGCUGGGAAGAUCAAAUGUGUCUAAAUGCAUGCAGAAAUGAAAUUCCUGUUAAUAAUUUUUUAUCUGUAUUUCACUGUCCAAUUUCAAGAAAUUUCAUCAUGAGAAGUCAAAGUUGAUCUGCUGGCGAUCUGGAACAUUUAUUGUGCACAAUAGAUUGUUGGUUGUCUUGAUUAUUAGUAACAGUGUACUAGAUAUAUAGGAAUUUUUAUAUGUCAAACCUCAAAAUUGUUAAUAGUUUUACACAUUCACAGAAAUUGUAGCCGCUGUAAUUUUAAGAUUUAACCUUGUAAAAUAUUUACUAGUAAUGCUGAAUUUUUAUUAAUUUCUUGUUUCGAGUAAUGUUCAGGUUGAAUAUAAAUUUGGGCAAAAAUGUAUUGUAGGUUUUAACAGACCUGUGAAUCUGGUUUCUUUUAGGAACAAGGAAUAGGCAUUAAGACCUUAGUUGAUAAGAGUAUAUUAAGUGUAUCUUGAAUAUAGCAAUAACACCUGAUCCAGAGUCUACUUUGACGUAUUGUUAGUCUUGUCAAUCUCACGUUUUAAUAUUGAUAAAAACUGUUUAAAUCAUGACCUCAAUGCCCUCCAAGGCAUUGGCACUUCUGUGUUUACAAUACAGAAUUGAUACAAAGGUUUGUUCCACUCUAAUGCUUAUCCAUUGUGGAGGCUGGUUUGAAACUGCAGGUUUUUUAAUUGUACAGUUUGUAGGGUAUUAGUUAUAUUAUUAGAUAAUAUAAGUGUGGAAGGUUGGUGAAACUGUCCAUACAAUAGGACAUCACCUGAUGCCAAAAAUCCUAUUUUGUAAAUAAUUGUGCCACUAAAUCUUGCAGGCAACACCCAUUGGUACUUUAAGGUUCAUUAAUUAUUAUAGAGGUUCUGUGGAAGAAGUCAGUUAAAUUACAGUGAACUAAGUUUCAACCUGAGUUUUGGUGGCACACUAACAGGUAGUGGAGCUGCUGCUCAGCUUCAGUGACCCAGGCUCAAUCCUGAUCUCUGUGGGUUGACCAUGUGGGUUUCCUCCAGGUGAGCCAGUUUCCUUCCCCGUUCCAAAGAGGUGCGUGUUGGUAUGGUAAUUGGUCACUGGAAAUGGUCCCCAGAGUGAGGGUGAAUGUAGUAUCUGGUGGGGAGAAUAAAAUGGAUUAGGGUAGGAAGGGUGCUUGAUGGUCGGUGUGGUCUUGGUGCGACAAAGGGCCUGUUUCCGUGCUGUAUCUCUCUUUGACACAUUUGUUUUCAUUUUCACCAAGGUUAAAUGAAUGAGUACACAGAGCCUCAAUGGGCAGCUAAGAAUGGGUUUAACCUACUGAGUCAAAUCAGAUAGGUAAUGCUUAUUGUUUGUAUUUUAUAUAUUGAUAUACUUAUGGUUCUGCUACUCUUUGUAAGAUCAUGCAAUGCAACUGAGUACUAAACUAGAAUGAGAAUAGUGCAGUGUUUAUGCUCAUAAGAGUUCUUAAAUCUAUCCUAAAACACACUUGAUUAGACCCUGUGAUCAGUCUGCUGUUCAGAUCCACUAAGUCUGCUUUAGCACUUGCACAGUAACUGAAGCACACCCCUGGGACAUGCAUCUUUAAACUUUAAAAACAUUUGUGUUAGUUUAUCAAACCUUAAUUUAUUUGUAUAUUUUCCUACACAUCAAAUUGUUGCUUGUGCCUUUGUAUAUCUGAUUUUUAAGAACAUUUUUCACCAUGUCAGUCAAGCUAGCUGGAGGGGUGAAUUGCCUUAUUUAUUAUCACCAAAGUAUGGUUGUACAUUCCUUUUCAUCAAUAACUCCUUUUCUAGUAAGUCAAAGGACACAAAGGAGUCACAAUUUAUGUAAAAAGCUAUUAGCUUAUAUUGGAAUUUGAUUGUAUGUUGCAAAUGAAACUAUUGCAAAGUUAAAGAACACCCGACUGAGUUGAGGGCACUGUUUAUCUGUUGUCAUUUAAAGAUGCUGACCCAAAACUAUAUUGCCCAGCAAACCCAGCCCCCCAAUGUUCAAGCUGUGUGAUUCAGCAGUCUUUAUUUUUGGGAAAGAAUGGUCUAACUACUUUGCUGUAAGUACCAUUGUUUAAAAUUAUUUUAAGCCUGUAGUUUUAAGUAAAAUACCUAGCAUUGAAGGCUCUUUUAAGUUCCAUAUCAAAUUAUGGGCUUGUAUAUGAAGAAACUAAGUUUUUGAACUAUAUAGCUCAUUAUAUACCAAAUUAUCUGUGAAUUCUUGUACAUGAUAAAUAGCUUCUAGUUUAUUAUUUCAGCAACUCUUUUGACGCAUGGAUAUAUACAUGUGUAAUAUUUUUAUAACUGACAAAGUUAAGGAUCAAAAAAAAAUUUGAGCUUUGAAAAAUUGUUUGAUUUUCCACCACAUUGGGGGUGGCAUGGUAGCAUAGCAGUUAGCUAUUAUAGCGCCAGCGAUUGGGAUUCAAUUCCUGCCACUGUCUGUAAGGAGUUUGUACGUUAUCCCCAUGACUGCAUGGGCUUCCUCCGGGUGCUCCGGUUUCCUCCCACAUUCCAAAGACAUAUGGGUUAGUAGGUUAACAUGGGUAUAAUUGGGCGGUGUGAGCUUGUUGGGUCAGAGGGGCCUGUUACUGUGCUGUAUAAAUAAAGUUUUACAUUGCCUCUACUGUUUUAUGUUAGUCUUGGUGAUUUAAGAGUAGCAAUUAGUCUUGGAUAUAUAACAUUGCAAACUUUUUAUUUUUCCAUUUGAAGUCCCAUUGAAAUUUUGAGCAUAUAUAAAAUUACCUUGGAAUAUAAAAACUGUAGGGCCUCAUAAUUUGGACAAACUAGUUCCAGGUUUGAUUUCUGUUCUGUGAAUUUCUUAAUCUCAGCUGAAUGUGGCAUUUAAACUACCAAAGAUUGCAUAAGCCUUUACUAGUCAAUGAAGGAGAAAACCUAUGAGGGUUCGGAGUCCUUAUCGAUGCCUUCUCCUGAAAAGUGUACCAUUGCGAAUGUCUGGUAUGUUAGGGUUGCUAGUGAUGUUCUCAUUGAUCAAAUAGCUGGUUGAAAUUUUGCUGUCCAAAACCCACAUAUGGAUUUGAUACAAUUGUUACAUGUUGGGUGCUAUUGUACCUGCAGCUGUACCCUAGCAAGAGCCAGCAUCUUCAUAAUGCAAAAGGAAAAUUGUUCUUUUUUUACUAAAAUUAUAUAUGUAUUUAUAGCUUAUUUAAAAGUACACUCCAGGUGGACUGUGUAUAAAUUUUUCCAAAAUUCCAAGAACUAUUUAUUCUAAUCGAGGAAAGCUUGUUACAGGUCAUACGUUCGUAUAUGAUAAGGUGUUUAUUUUUUGACUAGUAGCUAUAUUUAAUGCAUAUAUUGUUUUAAUGCAUUUGGCCUUUGUGAUAAAAAUGGUUAAAUAUUAUUUAAGAAUUGUUUUUAUCGUGAAAGGACUAUGUAGUUGUACUUGUGCUUCUGUUUUCUCUUUGCCUACUUUUUUAUCCGUACGUUUUGUUUAUGAACCAGAAAGUGGCUUUUUUGUAAAUUAUUUUGAGGCAUGUUUCCUUCAAGUGCUGAUUAGUCCUAAAUCUCAUUUUAAAAACUUAUUUUUUGAGACUUUUUAAGGAGGACAAUGGUUGCAUUUGUAAUGCCAACAGGAUUGUCAAUAAAUGUAGUCAAAUAACAUCAUACUAAGAAAAGCUAAUAUAAUGAGGCAAUACCAAUAACUAAUGUUUAGAUGUUUAAUGUUAUCAAUCUUAAUGUUGUGAAACUGUUGAAUAUUAGCACAAUGUAGUUGAUAUUGUUUGCUAGUUAAAAUCUAUGCAAAAUAUUUGCAAGUUACAGGAAGGUUUUGAUGAGUAUGGGGUAAGUGAUUCCAGUGACUAUAAAAGAGAUUACAGACUUAACAUGGGUGACAUGAGAAAAAAAUGGAGGCAAUUUGUCAUGACCUGCCUGACAGGGUGGUGAGAACAGAUUCAGCAGUAAUUUUCAAAAGAAAUUUGAAUAAAUACUCCAAGGGGAAAUACUUGAUGGAAAGAAGCAUGGAAGUGGGUUGAAUCGAAUUUCCAAGAGUCACUGUGACAAGAUGGGAUAGUCGGCCACAUGCCCUUAUUUUGUGUCAUAUCUUUCGAAGUGAUUAAAGAUUUCCUAUUUAAAAAUUGCAAGUUAACACAAUGUCCUAAGUAAGAAUUUUGGUGAAUUCAGUUCACUUUAUCAAAUGUAAAUAUCAUUUGCAUAUAAUUUUGCAUUUCUCAUGCUGCUGAAAACUAUACCUCAGUUGAUACUGAAAGCAUUGUACCUUAUUGCUUUUGCAGUUUUUAAUUCUGAUUUAAAUUUAUCUCACACGAUCCAGCUGUAGAGGCCUUUGCUUAAGAUUUGAACAAUUUACUGAAAGAUCCUAUUAUAAAUGAAAAUAAAGGAUAUGUUCUGGU